UGUUUAAUAUUGACUUUUCUUUCGUUAUAUUUUUCCCUCAUGCCGCAUUCGCUUCGUGUACCUCGGUGUUCUGUUCCCAGGAGUUGUUUUUUUGUCUUCACGGCCUUCAGUUUCCCACCUUAUCAUGAUUGAUGACCGUUAUGGGUCUCUUGAUUUGCGCUGGUGCAGGGCGCAUUUGUCUCGCUUCGUUUCCUCCACCCUUGUGUCAUUGUUCUCGAUCGGGAUGCUUUCCACUAUUUCUGUCGACGUUAUAUGGGCAUGGCAGGUGUUUAACUCUGAAGGGAAGGGCAUUUGGCAGCAUAAAUUGCUCCAGGAUCAGCUUCAUUUUACAUUGCAUGGUAGGAGCUGAUCAAUCUCUAGUUUUUCUUGGAACGUCUCUAUAUGUAUCUUAGAAUCAUCUUCGCUAUUUUCCCGUCUCAUUAUCUCUCUCGCUUCUGCUCUGUCUUGGAAAAAUUGGAGAUAUUUGCGUAUC